AUCAUGAUUUUCGCCUCUCGGAUAUCAGUAGUUGUUUUAUCCCGCUGAGAACCAACCAGUGCUUUCAACCCCCCUAUAGUCGAAAACACACUACUUCAGAUGGUCUGAUAUUGCAGUCUGGUAAACAUCAUUUGAGAGCCAGUAAAGUACAAGUUAAAUCAACAAAAAGAAAAGCUUCACCUUCCAAAACGAGAACCAGGUACAGAGCACCAUUAAAAGUCAAUCGCAGUUCAGAUUCUGAUGAAAAUAUGGCAACCAGCUUACAGCAGAGAAAGUCGCAGAGUUUCCCAUUGCUGACUCAGUUGAACCCUGGAAAGCAGGCGGAGAGUCUGGGAAACAAUGCUUGCUAUGCCGGUAUGAAGAACCUCGCAUCUAGCCAGGAGAGUUCUAUAUAUUCCCGAACUGUGCCGACAAAACCUGUAAUAACCAAUGGCGAUAAGGUUGACACCAAUGACACUAACCCAGUGGAUUUAUGCCUCUUGUUACUGUCUUUGUUAGAGAAACUUAGCAGUACUGAGAUCCUGCAUAAUGUACAGAGGAACUCGGUUGCUGUGAGUCUGAUUCCUCAGUUAGCUCGCCUUUCAACUGUCUUAAACAAAUUUCCAGGGUAUAAUGUAGAGUCCCUAAUGGAUACAAGUCCAAGUGAUCUUGAAGUUGAAUUCGCUGAUGGAUGGGAUGAUGAUACAAUCACAGUACUUCAACGAGUCGUUUUACGUCUUGUUCUAAAACUCAGUGCAAUAACGUGCCUUCAUCAAAACGGCUGCUCUGAAUUAUCGAUGAAUGGAACUCUGACCUCUAUUCUUGAUCUUGCCACUGACAUCAAUACUAAAAUCAGUUCUGCAAUAAGUAACAAAUCUUCACAGGAAGAUAUUCUUGCGUUAACAGCGAAUAAAAAGAAUGGAGGCAUGGACAAUGUUUUGGAACUCACAGAGUUUGACUUGCUAAAGAAAAAAGACAAGAGUGACUCUCACAGCAUAGACAGGAGACUUUAUUUUGUUUGUGAAGUAUUACAGGGUGUUCUGCAGUUGAUCAGUUCAGUCAUGCAAAAUUUGCCUCUUAAUCUGACUUUCAUGGCACAGACACUGAAUUUGUUGCAUGAAUUUUCAUCAAGUCAAGGUUACACACUAUAUACAACUGCAAUUGAAGAAUUGGAAAACAUUCUCUCAAAGACAAAAAACUCUGACAAGGAAUACUACCAGAUUAAAGAUUCUAUCUCCUCCCUGAUUUCCAACCUGACCAAAGUGAUUAGUGCAGUCAAGAAGGCAAAGGUUGAAUACAUCCACAUAAUGACUUGUUUAAAACGUAAACAUCGAAAAUGUGAAUUCAGUCGUUAUGUGCAUCAUCAUCAUAAUGUGUGCGGACUGUCAUGCUCGGCGUAUGAAGAAACCAACCAUUCUUUGUCAGAUAGUUUGGGGAGUUUUGACACUCCAAGUUUUCUGACCGCCGCAAGUGCUGCAAAAUGCUGUGUUGCUACGUCGGCAGAAGUUCUGUUGAAGGUUUUUGAGAAAAGUAGUUGUAAACACACACAGGCGGUAAUUCUGGCUAAUUUAGAGACAACCGGUGUGUGCUGCUGUAUGCCGCCCCAUACAAUUGUCUCCUCUCUACUGAAUGGUCUGGAUGAGCGACCUGUCACUGUAAGAAGUGGAUCUCUCAACCUGGUUAACAAAAUAGUGCUUGAGCAGCUUGGUGGCGGAGUGAGUACACCAACCAUGGGAAAUGACACAUGUAAUAUAUGCUGUGAUUCUGAACCUCAGAUCAACAGGAGUUCAUUUAUUGAUUCCUCAACAGAGCUUACAGUUGGAUCAUAUCCUGAUAACUUAGACAGUGCCAUUGGUAGUGAUGCAAGCACUCAUGACGAAGAGCAACAACAUACUAAGUGGAAAGUCUUGUCCAAAUAUAAAGAAUUACUUCUCUCAGAGAAUGAGAAUGUCAGUGUUCCAGUCGCGAAGCAUCUUCUCCAUCUAGUCACCAAUGGCAAUGCUAUUAUCAAAAAAGUUUUGUUUCUUCAAGUUUUUUUACCAACUUUUGAAGCUGCCAAGGCUACAACGAUGGUGGACAGUAGUUUGAGGAACACUCCUAGUAAGCAUCUCAUGUCUAUGACUGUGCUAGAACAUUGCUUUAAUGCCUUACCUCCUCUUCUGACAUCAUCCUCAGCUCAAGAACUCUUUCUAACUCAUGGCGGUUUGACACAGCUUUUGCAUCUUCUGCAUCAUGAUAGCACACGUUUGGCUGUUCUAAGUGUCUUUGAGGUCUUGAUUAUGGCAGAAGACCAUCUGGAGGAUAUUGCUAGGAAAAGUGGCUUCUGUACAAAAAAAUCUCUUAUCAACAAUGUGGAAGUCAGUGGUGGGGACAACUAUAGUGAUAGUUCAUCACCGAUCGAAGAUCAUCAUCAUUUUGUGGUCCCCCCAAAGAGCAGCAUGAGUAGCGGUAUAAGUGUUGGUAGUUUUGGCGUUGUUGAUGCAUUUCUAGAGAUCAUUCUUGAUGUCAUUUCAGAGGAGAGUGGCACUGGUGGAAAUCAUGACUCGUUGGCUUCCGAAGAUGGGACAGACAAUGAAGGAAGUAUUUCUAGCAGUACUCUCACAGAGUUUGUGAAUUCUAGUGAAGGUAGUUUACUUUCUACUUUGAGUACAUCAGAACGAAAGAUCAGUGUACAAUCCUUACAAGGCAUGUACACUUCUUCAGAACUGAAACUCGGUGAACACAAUUUACAAAGCCAGUAUAACCUUUCUUUAGAAAGGAAGAUAAGUGCACAUUCACAGCCUAUCCAAGUUGGUGACCUAUCAACUGUCUCAUCCAAGACUGAUUCUAACAACAGCAGUGUGCCCUCAUUUGAAACAGCAUCAACCGAGUCAACCCGCACACUCAAAUCAAAUUCCUUCCGGAAGAACAUUAUCUCAAGCCUCUCUGAUUCAGAAAUAGAAGUCGCCGCUGAUGUCUGGCGUAGCUGCAAAUACCUCUAUCUUCAAAGUCUGGUUUUUAAGAACCAUUUUCUAGAGCAACAUGGAGCAGACACUGUUGAGGGUCUCCUUAAGGACACUGUAAUUGCUCUGAAUGAAUAUAUAAAAACUGACGAAAGAUCAGAAUUUUCACCAGUAACCAAGACUCUUAGAAAAAACAGUGAAGUUGGUGCUGACAGACUGAGUCAUUUAUUCUCUCUUCUUGAGUGUCUUCUUUCGAUAUGUUUAGAAUGUUCAGCGACGUCCAAGGAUCAAACACAUAUACCGACUGUUGAAGCCCAGUUAGCAGCAUUCAAGACUCCUCUUUUAGAAUCAGGUUUAAUGCAAUCCUCAAGGGGUCAGGAAUUUUGUGACGCACUUUUGCAUAUAGCCAUACAGACAACUGGACCACUAGAUGGCGCUCAUGGAUCUAUGACAACCCAGCAGGCAGCUGCAAAUAAGUUGUCCGUUCAUUUUGAGCCCUGGACCAUGGAUAGUAAUAUCAGUGAUAGCAGUGAUUCACAGAGUGAGCCCAGUGAUGUGUGUAAUACUGAUGGGGGAUAUGAUGCUGAUAGUGAAAGGGAUUUGGAUGAUGACAACAAAGGUCUGAGUCUCAAUAACUUGGCUGAGGAUACCAGUAGUGACAAUUGCAACACUCAAACCAUCCUGCUUCACCCACAAGUGUGUAAACUGGUUCUAGAGUUACUAGCAGCUACUGUGAGUGAAGGCAACUCUGACGUUAUAUCCUAUGGUCUGCGUGAAAUGAUCAUGAUUGCCAAAACUUCACAGUCCCAUGGUAUAGCCUUGUACUUGGAUGGGCUGGCGAAAGCAAUACUCAAAUCAUUUGGCUCAGUUCUUAAAUCCAGUGAAGAACAGUUCCAAGAAAUUCACUCUUUGUUACUAGAGUUGUUUGUAAUAUUAGUCAGACACAGUAUAUCAUCAACAGAACUCAGAACGUUCUUGGCACUUCUACACAGUCCUGGUGCUCCGAUAGAUUCUCUUUUAUCAGCCAUGACAGAUAUUGCAAGUAACAUGAUGAUACAGCCUUCUUAUAUACUCUGUUUUCCUGCCAUCAUUGCUUCAUCACCUGAAAUGUCCCACAAAAGUAGUCCUUCAAAACAGGAUUCUGAUUGGUCACCUUGGUCAUUGGCACCCCUGAUACUACCAGUCAGAGACAGUCUUUCAUGGCCACCCAGCACUAAAGGGUUCAGCUUGUCAUUGUGGAUCAGAAUGGAGGGGAACAUGUCAGAAGAAAAGAUGAGAAAGUAUGAUUUACCACGAGAAGAGAGUUCUGAUAAAAUAGACAUGCCACAAAUGGAUUAUGCAACAAGGCGAAAAAAGUCUCCAGAAAAGAGAAUUGAUUUACAUGCUUGCCAGCAUGUAUGUUCAGUUGGUACAAGGGAAAUGGUGUACCAAAUGUGGUAUCAUCCACCAACCAAUGAUCUUUUGUUUAGACUAGUGAAUGAAUCUAAGGAAAACAUGAAUGGAUUAGUGUUGGUGGAAGCUGUGGUGUCCAAUAUGAUAACACCAGGAAAAUGGCACCAUUUAGCGAUGACUUACUCUGAGUGUCCAGACUUUAAAAACACAUCUGGAAUGACUAUAAUAAUAGUUGACGGUCACCACCAGAGAGAUAUCGUGAUGGACUAUGUAACUCCAGAAUUCUCAAAACAAGAAUAUGAUGUGUGCUGUUUACUUGGACAUUGUAACAAGGAUACAGACAUAUCUCCUGCUGCACUCUGGCAAAUCAGUUGUCUCAUGCUCUUCUCUGAUUCUAUAUUGAACAAAGAGUAUGCUUACCAUCUUUACACCCUGGGUCCCGAUUGUAGUACAUUAUGUAAAUGUGACUCCAGUAAACAGACUGGUAACUAUGAGAUGGGUAUAUGUCCGGAUAUGAUUGAUGCUGGACUCUCACAGGAUAUGCUGACUGGUGAUAGAGAAACUGAUAUCAAACCAUUAAGAGAAAGUAUUGUGUUGACUUACAGCCCUCGAAAUUGCAAGGUAUUCAGUCUGUACCAAUUACCGCCACACCUACAUCGAUCCAUCAGUAUAUCAAACAUCAUACCAAGCUCACCAAAGCCGUCGAGCAGUGAUAUAUUUGUACAGCAGCAAGCCAUACCGAUGCAGGCUGUUGUGCGGUCAGAUGUUGAACUUGUACCAAGCAUGUACAGGGGUCUGCAGAAUGCUGUCUAUGAAGUCGGGGGAAUAUCUGUAUUUAUAUUCCUCUUUGCCAAGGUUGUUGAAAAAUGCCGUGAUGAAGUUACUCAGUCCAAUGCGCUCAGGUUGUUGUUAUUAUUGAAGUCCAGAAGUCUGGAUUUAGCAGAAGAAUUUCAGCAACUAGAUGGUUAUGGUCUCAUUUAUAAAGUACUCCUGUCUGACAGGUGCCAUCUCGGAUUUCAUAUGUUGAAGGUUAUGUUGGAUGCCUGUUGUCAUGACAACACUGUUCUGAAAGGAUUUCACAACAAAGGUUAUCAGAUAAACCAUGAUACUCAUGCUAUUAUCAAAGAUAAACAACUUGUGAGUGAUCUGUUGUUAUCCUGGAGAAUAUGGUAUAACACCGACGUUGAUGUGUGGGCGUCAUUGCUAGAUGCUUUUACAACAUUGUUAUCAGAUGACCAUCCAUAUUGUGACUUCAACAUGAAACAGUUACAAUGUGCAAAAGCAGUGGAUAAAAUGUUACUUACUUGUAAGGAGAUACAGAGUGAGGGACUGACUCCACCACCGAUUAGUAUCGCCAAGUGUUUUGUUGCAAUAAUUCAAUCUAUGUUAGGAAGUCCACCUGAUCUUGAUACCAUUAUAGCAGUGUGUGACUUUCUAUUGGUUGUACAUCCAGCUGUCAAUACUUUUGUAUGUCACGCUCCAUCAAGUUUCUAUUUCACACAACAUACAGGUCCACAACAAGAGUACAAACAAAGACUUAUCCAGUCCACGACAUCAUCCGCUGUUAAUAGUCCAGGUGGCAGUAUCGCCGAUAGACAUUCUCCCAAGGACUUAUCAGGAUCACCGUUUGUCACUAGUACACCUAUAAAGGCUGUGAACAGAUUACGACAUCCAUCAAUACCUGAAGAAUGUGAACUAAGAGGUAGUGAUCCAGGUAUGAUAAAUCCAAGAGAUAUUUGCAUGGUAACCAAAAGCCACAGUUGUCCUGAAAACAAUGAAGCUAGAAGGAAAAUAAACUGGCAAACUUGUGAUGUAGUUGAAAACAAUAGAGAUGAUAUGACAGACUUGUACAAUGAUGUGUCACCGAGUAUUAAGUUCUAUGUUGGAACUGAAGUAUCAGAGGGCAGUGGUAUUGAUGUAGGUGUGGGCAAAAUAGAGUGUGCAGAUGAUAAAUCUAUGUUUAAAGACUCUCCAUUAGUCAGUGUGGAACUGAACAUUGAUGAGAAGUUCCAACAAUCUUGUGGGAUUACUGAAGUGGUUCCUUGUUGCCAUGGAGAUAAAAGUGAUUCAGAGACGAACGGAAGCUCAACAUUGCAUGGUGUGUCAACUGGUAGCACUGUGAAAGGAGAUGAUACACUUGUAGAUGGGAGAGGAGUAUCACCAUCAACAAUGCAGUGUAAAUUUCAACUUGAUGUUUUGGUGACAUUUCCAUCAGAUGAAAAUGACCCAGAUUCGUAUCUUGUGCUUCCGGAGAUGGAAACCAUGUCAGUAUCACAGUUAACAGACCCUGACAGGUUGAGUGUAACGCAAGACAGUUUCUUCCCGCUACAAGAAGAUGGUUUAGAUAUUAUGUGUACAGGACUACUAAAGCUGUUGGCUGGUCUGGUGUUGACGUUGCCCGAUAACAUGGUUUCCAAAGUGAUUGGACAUGUGAUACUGCCUUUUAAUCUCAUUGUUCUAUCCCACCAUACUUCAGCAGACAUCAGAACUGCCAUUGUUAAGUUAUUGUAUUCCUACUUUCAUAGAGCCACUGAAGUACAGUGUAAUAUGUUCUUAAAACAAAAGGGGUUCUACUUAUUGGCUAAUCAGCUGCACCAACAUGGCGCUACUCGGGAGUUGGUAGAAGCAUGUUUUACUUUGACACUUGGGAAACAAAUCAGUCUUGAUGAAGAUAUUGAUCCAACAUUACUUCAAAAUGCUAGUAAAUUCAAACAAUUAUCCAUCAUUCCAGUGCUAUCAUUGGUUGAAAAUUGUGUGCAUGAACCGGCAGUCUGUCAUAAUACUAUAUGCCUUCUCAUACAGUUAUUUGAUAAUAUUGAUGGCAUGGCCCAAGUAAUGCUUGACAAUGGUUUAGUGGAAGCAUUGUGUAAUGUUGUAUCUGCCAUCAAUAAAGUUCAUAGAAGUGAUGACCCCGAAACUGAUGAAGAGAAAAAAGCAUUAUUAAUUGGUGAUAUUGAACAUUUCUUAGCAUGUAUUGUUGUUAGGUCUUGUAGUCUUGGUGGAAUUCAUCUAUUCCAACAGUUUGAUGAUCUCAUCACUAUGAUUGGCAUCUUAGAAGACAAAGAAAAAGAAAUCCAUGGUAUAUCAUCAGAAGCGGGGAAGUAUGUUCGUAAAAUUCGCUGGUACGUUAUAAAAGAAGCUCUCGAUCACUUACAGAGAUUGUACAAAGAGGAAUCCGUGACCGUUCCGUCUCUUCAAGCGUAUGACAGUUAUUCUGUGAGAAAGUACUAUGAAUUCAUAAAACAGGAACAAUAUUGGCGAAGUUCUAAUCAAGUACAUGUAGAAGAAGUUUCAACUAUGGGCAAGUUUAUGAAACAUCCAUACCGUAGAAUUGAUAGGAGUUUUAGUGCAGAGGGACGAUUUCAGUCAGAUGAGAAUGAUGAGAGAGAGAAUGACUUGACAGAGCUUGGCAUCCCACAUGGACAACUACUUAUGAGUGAGCACAGACGCUACUCUCUGAUGUCAGAACCAGGUGCAAUACGAAGAAAAAUACAAUCAUCAAGUAAAGACAGAAUCCCAUUAUCAGAUACUGACAUACCUCGUAGAUUUCAGAAAUUUUUUACAUUAGCGGUGAAUCUGAUUUUGUAUUCAGAGCCCUUAUUUGUUAAGAAACCAUCGCCAGUAAUCCUGGACAUCUUCAGUGAACUGCAGAGUGAUGUCAGUAGCUUGGAUGAAGAAAGAAAUUUCAUAGAAUACCUGUAUGAUUUCCUCAUAGAAUGUAUUGCUACAACGCAGGAGAGAACUGGUGGCAGAGGACGUAAACAGUGGUAUCACUUACUCUGGGCUUCUCGGGAUGUAUUACGAGUGCAACUUGGGAAACUGUUAGUGUAUAUGUUAUCACCAAAUCAGGAUAUUGGAUUACGAAUGUAUACCAUGACAUUAGCUCAUCGUCCUAGAGCUCAUGCUAUCAUCAAGACUGCACUACAAACCAAUUUACAGCAUGAUCAGAAAGUUGUGUUAUACUUAUUUGAUCUGAUAUCCAACCACCAAUCAGAACUAAGUAAUGAACAGUGCCAGGAGGUAGAGACAUUCCGAGCAGUACUUGAGAAGUGUGGAUUUAUGCCGCUACAGUCGAAGGUCUUUAAUGAGAAAUUCAUCCAUCUCAAGGAGGACUUGAAAGUAUUUGAGCUUGAGCAUGAGAAAAAUCUUGCAUCAUGGAAGAGGCAAAGAGAAAUACAAGAAAGAAGACAGUUACAUCGACUAGAUGGAUUAGCCAAAGAGAUUUCUAAUUGUGCUAUGGAAAUCACGCAGAAAGUUGUCAUGAAUCAAAAUGUCCAGAGAAAGAAGUUACUUGAGAAAGUGAGACAGAGUUUGGCCAAGACCAUGGAUGUUAGAAAAGGAUGGCAUGAUAUUAUACAACAAUUGACCCAUGAAAGGGCUAUAUGGCAUGAUCCUGAAUUUGAAUGCACAUCAUGGCAAUUAGACCCAACUGAGGGGCCAGCUAGGGUAAGGCGGCGUCUACAAAGAUGCCACCUUGGACUUAAUCGCAAAUACUUAAUGAAUGAGAGGCAGCGUACUUACAAGGACUCUUGCUUUCAACCAUUGUCAUAUAUAUUUGACGAUUGCAGUCAUUGUUUAGAUGCCACAGAUUUGAUCUGUAGAACACAAACAAAUGAAGCUAUCAGAAACACAGCAAAAUGUUCUAAUGUUACACCAUCAUCAGAGACGCCUGGUGAACUUCUUAUAGGUGCAAAUAAUGUGUAUUUUGUUGGUGAUGAUAUUGGUAUGGAAUUCCAAUCUGAUCAGAGCCUAGAAUCUGAUGCUGAGGUUGUGUGUUUAUCAUGGUCUUAUGAAGACAUCAAAGAAAUUCACAAGAGAUGGUACCAGCUCAGAGACCAUGGACUAGAAAUAUUUCUGACUAAUGGAAAAACUUUUCUGUUGGCAUUUGAGACAACAAAGGAGCGAAAUUUAGUUUGCCGACAAUUGAUGUCAAUGGAACUGCCAAACCUGGUUGAGUUGGAUGGAAACACUAAUGCUAUCACCAAUGCUUGGAAGAAUGGACAAAUGACAAACUUUGAAUAUUUGAUGCAAUUAAAUAAGAUAGCUGGUAGAACGUUUAAUGACUUGAUGCAGUAUCCAGUGUUUCCUUUUAUACUUGCUGAAUACAGUCAACAGGAACUGGACUUGAACAGUGCCGGAACUUACAGGAAAUUAUCCAAGCCAAUCGCUGUCCAGUAUAAAGAUAUGGAACAAUGGUAUGUGGAAAGAUACAAGUGGUUGAAAGAGGAAUAUGACAAACCUGAAUUAAGUACUGGUGUUGAUUACAUGCCACGUACUCAGCCGCAUCAUUACGGGUCCCACUAUUCCAACAGUGGUACAGUUUUACAGUACCUUGUUAGACUACCACCAUUUACAAAGAUGUUUCUGCAUUACCAAGAUCAACAUUUUGAUUUACCAGAUAGGACAUUUCACUCUAUAGCAACGGCAUGGCGACUAUCAUCAUUUGAAUCAACAUCUGAUGUUAAAGAACUUAUACCAGAAUUCUUCUUCUUGCCAGAAUUUUUGUUAAACUCUGAACGUUUCAAUUUCGGGAAAAAACAGUCUGGUGAACCUGUAGACAAUGUUGUACUACCUCCCUGGGCUAAGAAUGACCCCAGGUUAUUUAUUCUGAUUCAUAGGCAGGCUCUGGAAUCUGACUAUGUAUCUCAGCACAUACAUGGCUGGAUUGAUUUAGUUUUUGGUUACAAGCAAAAGGGAAAGCAAUCUGUGGAAUCUAUUAACGUCUUUCAUCCUGCAACUUACUUUGGCAUUGAUGUGUCCAAAAUAGAUGACAGUGUAAAACGAAGAGCUAUCGAGACUAUGAUAAAGACGUAUGGACAGACACCAAAACAGUUAUUUACACAUGCACAUCCACAAAGAGCAAACUAUGAAUCUUAUCCUGAUCCUGAUGUUGAUGUGCCUGGCAUCUAUUCUCCAAGUAUUUUGUCUCAGAUGAAAUCUAAAAAGACGACCACUGCUGCUUCACUCCAGAGGCCAGUAAAGUAUAUUAAAGGGUUGAAAUGGGGGAAUUACGUUGGUAGUCCAACUACAGCUGAACCCAAGGUGUGUUGGACCCAGACAUACAAUACAUUGGUAUCAAGACUAGUAGCACUGCCUACAGGAUCCGUAUGUGGCUUGGCUUCUAAUGUAUGUCUUUUUGUGGUGUACGCCAAAGAGAAAGGUGUGAGUUCUAUGCAUACUACAGAUGUGCAGUGGUCAGCUAGACUUAGCUGGGGCCAUCCUGAUGGCAUAAUGAGACUGAAACACAGACGGAAUGACCCUACUAUUAACUUCAUCCACACUAAUACCUCUGAUCAGAUCAGCUGUUGUAGUUCACUGUCAGAUUGCCGACAGCUGUUCGCUGGUACUGUCUCUGGUGUUAUUAUGGCCUAUACAACUAAAUACAACCCAGCUAGACAAUCAGAUAUUGAAGUGGUUGGCAGUCGAACCCUCUUAUAUGGUCAUCGUGAUAUUAUUACAGGAUUGGCAGUGUGUACACCAUAUAGCAUCCUUGUGAGUUCAAGCCAAGAUGCUUCAUGCAUUAUAUGGGAUCUCAACAGGUUAUGUUAUGUGCAGUCCUUACGUAAUCACAGUGGGCCUGUUACUACGGUUGCUGUCAGUGAUACGCUGGGGGAUAUUGUAUCCGCCUCAACACCCUCAUCUGGUGGUAGUGAUUUAUAUUUAUGGUCAAUUAAUGGAAGUAAAAUCUGUGAAGUACACUGUGAUAGUGUUAUACACAGUUUAACUUUCUCUACAGCGCCAGAAGGUGCAUCAAUCAAUGUCGUAGCUGCCGGACUUCAUACUGGAGUUAUCAAAUUGUGGAGUAGUUGGGACUUAAAACCAGUCAGAGAAAUCUAUACAGAAGACUUCAACAAGCCAAUUAUCAGCUUGGUUUACUCACAUGAUUGUAAUUUCUUAUAUGCUGCCAAUACUGAGAAGAAAGUGGUAGCGUGGAACAGACAACAGCAUGGAAAACCAAAAUUUAUCAAAUUCCUGGAGUAGUCUACAUUUAGUACAUCCAUUAGUUGCCAUGGUGAUAAAAUAUAUACUUUAGUGUUAUUACAUGUAAAUUUAAUGUGACCACAGAGGAAAUAUUAAAUAAAUCCAUUCAACCUUGAGCUAAGAAAAAGGAUUGUAUGCACAUGUUGGUUGAAAUCAAUCAGAUUUCAACAUUGAAUAGAAUAUCCUAGUGUAGUUAUGAAUACUUUUACCAGGUGAGGAAUAUAGAUAACAUUUUAGGACUACAAUAAUGUUAAAAUUCAGUUCUGCUUUAUUUGCUACUUUGUUUCAUGAUUGGUCAAGCAGGACACCACUCUUCAUACAAAAAGUGCUUGUUCCCAGCAUGCUUUAAUCCCACACACACCUCUGCCACGCAUGGAUUUGCAUAAUAAUAUGCGAGGAAAUCGUGUUGGCCCUAAUUGACAGGUUUUUUUGCACUCACUCCGACCUAAAUAUUUGCAUAGCUAAAAUGGCAGCCUGGCUAUAUUGGGCAAAUCCAUGUGACAGAGGUGUGUGAGUGAAGCAUGGCUGAGAGCAAACUGCCUCUGUUUGGAGAGUAUCAAGACACAUGACUUCAAAUGUUAACUGUUGGUGCUAAAAAAAAAAAAGACAAAAGGCAGAACUCAUGAAGUGAAUAUAUAUUACGACUACCGGUACUCAUAAACAAAAAAUGUACUAUUUGUGAAGAUGUUGACUUUAUUGUAUUUAUUUGUAAAUAAUUCAUGUCAAGAAAAAAAUAGUACUGCCAUGAGAAAUAGAAUAUAGUAAACUGAACAUUUACAUUUGUGCUAUGUAUGCAACACAGUAUGAGUGAGUUUGGUUAGUGAAUUGUGGCACAGUAUGAGUGAGUUUGGACAGUAAAUUGUGGCACAGUAUGAGUGAGUUUGGUUAGUGAAUUGUGGUACAGUGAAUUGUGGCACAGCAUUAUUUUAUUUCUUGAUUAAUAGUAAAUACUGUAUUGUUACUUUAAAAGUGCGGAUGUGCAAGUCUAUGGUCAAAAUAUUUCAAUGAUUUAGCAUUCAAUAAAUGUAUGCACUUCUAAUAGCAAAUAUAGUAAUGUGUGUGUACAUUAAUUUGAUAUGGUUUCAGCAUUUCAAUUUAGAGCUUGUUAUUUUCUUUUACAAGUUUUUUACAGGAUUUAUAAGUUGUAUAUAAUUUUUUUAAUUUCGUAGUUUUUUUUUAAUUAUUUUAUAACUUUCAGCAAUGCCAGCAUAUUAAAGGGCUGUGGUUGUCAUGCUGCACAUGUGCAACAUUUGUGUUGAUAAACAUUGAUUUUCCCACAAGUACGAAUUUUGACCUGGUUACAACGCUUAAUAAUUAUGCUGGUGACUCCUUCGAUUCCCUCCAAUCACCCAAAAAAUUAACGAGUUAAAGCUUUGUAACGUCUCACAUUUGUACUUGUUAGUCUGUUCAACAGCCAAAGUCGCCAUCUUUGUUUAUACAAGUCUUUUAUCUCGUGCAUGUGUGGUGUGACGACCACUGCUCUUUAAUCACAAAGUUGUGUGAUUGGAUGUCUUGUUGCAAGCAUAGUAACAAACACUGAACAAUUUUUUAAUUAAAAACUAAAAGAUUGUAUGUCCCCCCCCCCCCCCCACCCUUUUGUAUCAGUAUUAUUGUGUGCCAAGUUGUUUUUUUUCCAUGCUUACUUGCCUGGUAACAGUGCUUUGUGUAAAUAGACUUUAGAACUACUGAUUCCAGUUUAGUGCGAAUGAAAACUUAUUUCUAUACAGCAUGGAUUGUUGCUGUAUUUACCAUGACUUUAUUUAUCAGUAAAAUCUGUAACAAGAAAUGCUUGAAUAAAACUUUAUUUUAGAUCA